AAUCGCUCUCUCAGAAAUCGGACAAUCUCUCUCUCUCCAGUAACUUUUUCCGAUGGAAGAAAACGAACCUUCGCCGUGCAAGUCGCCGGAUCCAGUGAGAAAUCCGCCGUCUUCGUCUCUCAGAGACAUAUCGAAUUUCAAGACGCCGCGACGCUCCUUCGCCGUGAACACGAACUUCCUCGACUCCUCUCCGUAUCCGCAGUUCUUCACGGCGUUGCGGCAAACGCCCAAGUCUUCUUCUUCUUCUUUCCGUCGCCGUCCUUCUCUCGUUCCGUCUUCUUCGAUGCGGUCCAAAGCCGCAAGGCGGCUCAAGGCCUUCGAACUUCAGCAGUCGCAAUCUUCUCGCAAAGCAGAGUUGGAGAAGAAACAGAGUCUUAGAUCUCUUGCGAAAUCACUCACUGUCUGGCUCAAUUUCCUCUUUGAGAAUCCCAGAUCAUGCGGUUGUUAUCCUCUGAUCAAUGAUUACGGUGCUGGUGACGUCGGAUACUCGGGUAAUGCUAAAAGAGAGAGCGGUGAUGCGAUACGGGACAGUAGCGUUGUCAGGGUGGAUGCAAUAUGGCGGAACCCAAAAAGAUCGAGAAAUAUAGGUUGGGAUGGGGAGGAAGGAUCCGAAAAUGACUUAUCCUUGGCAGGAUCCAAGUACUCUCUACUUAAGGAAUCACUGCGAGAUGUGUGCAGUUUAGAUGAUUUGAAACGAAGAAUGCGAAUUUACUUGAGUUUGGGAAGUUGCAAGGAGAUUUUCGAUGUAAUGACGCGAGUUACCAAGAAUAUUGAUGAAGGGAGGAUAAAGAUGAAACCACAUUGCCCUCUUGUAACUGAUAUUGGGAUGAAGGAGAAGGCCAUCAGGACACUUAUGAGCUAUAACCAAAUUUGGCUUCGUAUCGGGUUAUAUAUUAUCUUUGGUGGUGAUUCAUUGUUAACUGAUGUCGAUGCCGACUCGGAUCAAGAACUGGCAUUCUUGAAGAUGGUAAUUAACAAGCAGUUCUUCGCGCAUGAUGGCUUUGCCAAAACGUAUGCUUACAACAAGAUGGUUGAGGGCUUAUAUAAACCAGGAUACUAUGAAGCUCUUGGAACUGUGAUAUUGAAGAGAGUUCUGUUGCUUGUCCUUAUAAUGGAUAGAGCUAAAUCUCAAAGCUGUCUCUUGCUUAAAUAUGGAAUCGAUGGAAUAGACGGUGGCUCACCCCUCCUGUUCUCUGUGAAAUCUAGCAUAAAGUCUAGCCAUCAACUUAUUAGUGAUUUGUUACCGUCAGAUGUAAUGCAUGGAGAAGGUAAUCUCCUCGCCCAUCUGGUGAUUAUAGGCUACAAAGUCCUUUAUGAGCAGUCUCCUCUGGUUGAGUAUGACUUCAGAGUGAAAGAUUUAUUUGUUGACCUCCAAGAUGGUGUGCGGAUUUGCAGAGCCAUCCAGUUACUUCUUCAUGAUUCAUCCAUCCUUGCGAAAAUGGUUGUUCCAUCAGACAAUCGCAAAAAGAAGUUGUCAAACUCUGGAAUUGCACUUCAAUACCUGAAGAAGGCUGGUGUUCCAUUAAAAGAUGAUGAAGGAAUGAUGAUUGCUGUAGAGGAUGUUGUAAAUGGAGACAAGGAGCUCACCAUUUCACUGCUAUGGAAUAUUUUUGUCCAUUUACAGCUUCCUCUUCUGAUCAAUGAAAAGCUCCUGGCUGAGGAAAUUUGCAAAGUCCAAGGGCUGGAUCUGGAUAAUCAGAUUAACAUGUCCACUUCUCCUUUGGAAAUGCUCUUGAAAUGGAUCCAGUCAAUUUGCAAGAAGUAUGACUUCAAAUUAGAAACCUUUGCAUCAUUGGUAGAUGGAAAAGCAAUAUGGUUCUUGCUUGAUUCUUAUUUCUGCAGAGAAGUUUGUUGCCCCUGUCUGCUAAAAGAGGAACCAAAUGAAGUACUUGUCCCUCGAUCAGUUAUGUGGAACACAGAUUAUACAGAUGCAGUUCACAAUUUCAUUCUGUCACAAAAGUUGACAGCACUCUUGGGAAGUUUUCCUGAGGUCCUGCAGAUUGGCGAUCUGCUGGAACAGAAUGCUGCAGUUAGUGACCGAAGUGUUAUCAUACUGUUAGGCUUUCUAUCAUCAAAACUGAUCAUCAAAGAGAAUAUGGAUCAACUGAAUUUUCAUAAGCUAUUGUGCUCCAAUUGUCAAGCUCUGGAGAGGAGAUAUUCACGAAUUGGUUCUGGUAGCUCUGAAUCAGCAAAACGUGAGGAAGCAGACCAAGAUGAUAAAGAAGAUGCUACCAAAAGGUUCAAUGCUAUUAAGGCCUGGUGGCAGGAGAUGGCUAACCAAAACCAGAAUCGUGUUGGAAAAGCUACUAGCCAUUUUCUGCAAUGCGUCUCAACUAGUAAAAGCUCUAUGGAUACCCGAAAAGAAAAGGCAGCAACAGUAAUACAAGCAUAUCUUAGGGGACUUUGCAGCCGUCACAGGUUUACAAAGAUGAUGAAUGCGAUCUGCUUUUUACAAACUGUUGUCAGAAUUUGGUUGUCAGCAAAACAGAUGCAAGUUCUUGAGGAACUAACUGUUGGAGAAGAUUCUAUGCUUCUAUCAGAAAGAUGUCCCAAGACAGAAUCUGUAAGGAGAUAUGUCAAGUUGAUUGUUGCACGGCAACGCUUCAUCAAGUUGAGAAAAUCUGUUUUGGUCAUUCAGCGAGCUGCAAGGAAUUGGAUAUCUAGGGUGCACAGGCAAGACAUUCUACCCUCUAUUGCUUCUGAAACUGAGAGAGAACAAGUUUCCCCUCAGGAGUUGCACCUGCCUCACCUUGAUCUUGAAGCAGCAUUCAGGAUCCAGCUUGCUUGGAGGAGUUAUAAAAGAUCCAAAGACCGAAACAUGUCUGCCAUUGUCAUUCAGUCUUACACACGUGGAUGGAUUGCUCGCAGAACAUUUACGAAAUACAAAUAUUCUGUGCAAGCAGCAGCAUUCAGGAUCCAGCUUGCUUGGAGGAGUUACAAAAGAUCUAAAGAUGAGAACAUUUCUGUCAUUGUUAUUCAGUCUUAUACACGUGGAUGGAUUGCACGGAGAACAAUUAAGAGAUACAAAUGUUCUGUCCAAGCAGCAGCACUCAGGAUCCAGCUUGCGUGGAGGAGUUACAAAAGAUCUAAAGAUGAGAACAUUUCCGCCAUUGUUAUUCAGUCUUACGCGCGUGGAUGGAUUGCACGGAGAACAAUUACGAGAUACAAAUGUUCUUUGCAAGCAGCACUCAGGAUCCAGCUUGCUUGGAGGAGUUAUAAAAGAUCUAAAGAUGAGAACAUGUCUGCCAUUGUUAUUCAGGCUUAUAUACGUGGAUGGAAUGCUCGGAGGACUGCUAAGAGAUAUAAAUGCUCUGCGCUUGUUAUUCAACGCUAUUGUCGUGGUUGGCUUUUAAGAAGGAGAUUUUUACUUCAAAGAGAAUCUGCAAUAUGCAUUCAGAGUGCUCUCCGGCGUUAUAAUUCCUUGAUGCCAUUUCUUCGUUACAAGCAUGCUGCCACAGAAGUUCAACGGCUUGCUAGCGUAGAGAUUGCUAGAACUAGAUUUCGAGGGGCUUCUAAUCUCCGUACUCAAGCCAGCCAGAGGGUUUCAAUACUACCCGAAAACAGCUUCCAGACGAAUAAACUUCUACCUGCUGUCAUUAAACUGCAGCGAUGGUGGAGGAGAGUUUUGUCAUGGAAGGCAAUAAUAAACUCAACGGUCCUAAUCCAGAGGCAUAUUCGUGGCUUUAUUACCAGACGGAGAAUUUCUAUGGAGAGACAUUACAUUGUAACGAUCCAGUCACAUUGGAAAGGCUAUAUCACCCGAAAAGCGUCAAGAGCUCAGGUUAUGGAUCUGCGACAGAGAAUGCAAACCUCUGCAGCAAAUGUUGAUGACAAUAAAAGACUCAUAAACAAGCUUCUUUCUGCACUUUCCGAACUACGAAACACGAAAAGCGUCCACAACAUUCUUCACAUCUGCGAAACGUUGGAUUCAGCAACAAAAUACUCAGAGAAAUGCUGCGAAGAGCUCGUGGUUGCAGGAGCUAUAGACAAGUUAUUAACGGUUAUACGCUCCGCCAGCCGAAGCAUCCCUGACCAAGAAGUCUCGAAACACGCGUUUUCAACCUUGAGAAACCUGGCUCGCUACCCACACUUGACAGAUGAACUAAUCAGUAGAAAUGGAUCCAUUCAGACAAUUUUCUGGGAACUGCUCAGGAACAAGGAAGAAGGAUACUUCAUUGCUUCGGAUGUUCUUAAGAAGAUAUGUACCAACUGUAAAGGCGUAGAAGCAGUUCGGAAGCUUCCUGCAUAUGUAAAACGGCUUCAAGGCGUAGUUGAAGAACUAUCUCGGAAGGCAACAACCGAAAAAAGGAAUGCUAAGGGACAAGCAGGAAGAGAAAACAGCGAAAGAAGACUACGUGAGGCUGCGGAGAUUCUGAAACUGAUAUCCAGCCGAUGAGAAACUUCGACAGUUUCGGACAAAUAGUGUUUUUUAGGUCUCUAACCACAUUAGGUCGUGUUUGUGUGAUGUAUUUUCAUGUUGCUAAGUAGUUUUUGUUCUCUCCUUUUACAUACAAGCACAUAUAGAGAUCUUCUAUCCUAUUUUGGAUAAUCACCUUGAUUUGUGUAUGCUUGAUUCUUGGAAUGUGACCUCCAAAGAUUAAGUAAAUCACAUAUUUUUGGA